GUGUAACGAAGAGUCUCCCGUCCUGAGUUCCGAGUCCAGCCUGCACUCUCCUCCCUUCCCUCAUUUCCCGAUCCCCGUGACCGGGCUGGUCUGAACCUGAAGCUGCCCGCUGGACUCGCAUCUCGGCGCGUCUCGGGGGGGGGGGGGCUUUUAAAACUUUUUUUUGAAAUCGCCUCUGACGAACUCCGCCCUUGUCUCUGAGACGCAAGAGAAGGCUGGGAAAAAACAAAACAAAACAAAGAGAGCCAAAAAAAAACAAAAAAAACAGGACAGGACACGCUGGAAGAAAAUAAUCUCGAAGACAAGAGUCUCCCAGCCCGGGGAGCGGAUAACUGACACUUCCAGGGGCGAAAAGCAGCGCCCUCAUGACGUGCGGACUGCAGGCCACACGUGACGGCGAGGGCGGUGCGAGCCGGGAAGGUGUUGCGGUCCGCCGGUCCGGCGGCCGGGAUCCGGAGCCACAGGGGCGAGGGAAUAGCCGGGCCCACUGUGACGUCGGCGCCGCCCCGCAGAGGGAGGGGGAGUGAGGGAGGGAGAGAGAGAGAGAGGAGAGGGGCAGUAGUAGCGGCAGCAGCAGCAGCAGCAGGUGGGACAGCGCAGCCGUGUGCGGCGCCUCUGAGGAGCACGGCCAAGCUGCCCGCGGACGACUGAGGCAGAAGGAGGGAGAGACGGGCUCCGCCGCCGACAUGGGCAAGCUGCAGGAGUUCGACAUCGCCUUCGCCGACGGCAAAGUGGUCUACAGCCCCGGCGAGUCGCUCACGGGCACCGUGAAAAUCGCCGUGAGCGGCCCGCUGGCUUACAAAGCGAUCAAGGUGAACUGCAUGGGGUCGUGCGGCGUGUCCACCAAGAUGAACGACUCGUCCUGGGCCGUGGAGGAGCAGUACUUCAACAGCACGCUGUCUGUGGCCAACAAAGGUCAGCCGGGGGCUCUCCUCGUGGGCUGGCUGGGCCGGGGGGGCUGGGGAAGCUCCUCUUUGCUCGUGGAUCACUCAGUCCUUUGUUGCAGCUGCUGCCGGAGGGCCAGCGCAGUGGGGGGGGGGGGUAUUUCACGUCUUUGCUUCGAUCUUUAUCGUUCUUGCUCCCACACCCUCCUCUCCGCAGGCUCGGCGCCCACCUCGUUCGAAGGGCCGUUCGGGAAGAUCCUGUACCGGGUGCGGGCGGUCAUUGACACGCCCCGCUUCGCCAAGGACUACAAGGCCGAGAAGCCUUUCUACCUGCUGAACCUCCUCAACCUGAACGAGGUGCCCGACAUCGAGAAGCCCAGCUUGGCCGUGGCCACGAAGAAGUUCACCUACCUCCUGGUGAAGACGGGCACGGUGAUGCUGAAGGCCAGGAGUGACCUGCGGGGCUACGCGCCCGGACAGGUCAUCAAACUGACCGCCGAGGUCCACAACAAGUCCGGCAAGGAUACCAGCUGUGUCCUGGCCAGCCUCAUCCAGAAAGUGACCUACAAGACGAAGCGCACCAUCUUCGACCUGCGCACCAUCGCGGAGGUGGAGGGCGCCGGCGUGAAGGCGGGGAAGCACGCCGAGUGGAAGGAGCAGAUCAUCGUGCCGCCGCUGCCGCAGUCCGCCGUGCCCGGCUGCUCCCUGAUCCAGAUCGACUACUUCCUGCAGGUGAGCCGGGACGAGACUCCCAGACUCCCACCGGGAAUCCUGAGGGCUGUUCCGCUUCCCUACUGUAAAUGCUGCAGGUCCAGAGGCACGAGACAGACUUGGUUCAAGCUCCUCUGGCCGGCGCCCCGGUCCGCCCCCGGGGCGACGCCCAGCGCCCCCCCGGCCGAGGAGGUGGAGGACCUGGCGGCGGGGCUGGAGAACGAGGAGAUCCCCACCAAGAGCCACUCCCAGCAGGACCCCUCCGGCGGCCGGCAGCCCUCCUUCUCCCCCAGCGCCUUCAGCUACGCCCCCGGCCUGAGCUUCUCCGAGGACCAGCGCCGCUGCAACGCCUCGGGCCCCUCGGGGCCGCUCUUCUGCGUGUCCACGGGGGCCACCAUCCCCUUCUUUGCCGAGGGCGGGGUCGACCCCGUGCCCACCAGCAGCCAGCUCAUCCUGCCCCCCGAGUACAGCACCUGGGGGUACCCGCACGAGCCGCCCCCCAGCUACGAGGAGAGCUGCAGUGGUGCCCCCACCCGUGUGGACAGCAGGAGAUAGAGCAGCGGAUGUGCUUUCGGCACUGCAAGGCACUUGGCACCGUGACCGCCCCCUGCAGGACACACGGGGCACUGCAACCUGGCCUGUUCUGCCCAGUGGCGUCCGGUUUCACGUCCAGAUUUUUGUAACUACUUCGGAAAAAGGGAUCGAGCUUGUUUUUUUUUCCCCCUCUUCUGCCUGUCCGCUGUCGUCUCAUUUUCCAAGAGAAAUAAGAGGAGCUGGAGAAUUAAAAAAAAAAAAAAGUGAGCGAUGGUCACCCUGGUGCCGAUCGAAGUAGUUCCUUAAACUAUACCGAGACGGAGCACGAGCUCGAGGGAAGCGUUGGGGAAAACUGGAGCUGGGAUGUUUCGGCCCGGCCAUUUUCAUUUUUAGUGCUUUUAAAAUGUACAGCAUCUGUGAUGCCUUAAAUCGAACUUACUACUGAUCCUCGUUUUUUUUUCCCCUCCUCAUUAAUUUUAAGACCACCCCACCCGGCCUUCACCUGAUCUGUCCGUGUCGGGGGGGGCUAAGAUCCCAGUACACCGGUGUCGCACCAGGCACAACAAAACUGAACAAAGACUCAGACUUUUGUUAUCCGAAAACCGGUCGGAGUCGCCCUGGUCGUGAAACUUGUGAAACUGGCAGGAGGAGCCGGCUGGCGAGCGGAUCUCCGCGGGCCAGACGG